AAAGGCGAGAGUCGAGAAGUUCAGAUUCUCCCGGUUUAUGCCAUCACAUCUGCCUUAGUCUCGUCAUUCCGGCCGUCGCCUUUGCCCACCCAGGCAUCAUACUUGUUGCCCUGUUGCAUAUCGAGAUCGGCCAAUCAUCAAUUCUCAUCAUCACACUCGAGUUGCAUUCAUCAGCAGCACGGGUAAAAGCAGCACUAUUGCGAGAUCUUAUUUGAUCGGAGCGAACCCGGACCUUUUCGAGGGGCACAUCUACCGCCAACUUCCCCUUUCUUAUUUACGAUCCUGACGGUCAUCUUUUACGAGUUGAUCAUUAUAAUCUAGACAAUCGUAUCUCGAGCUUGCUACAGCAGGCUCGAGCGGAUACUCAGGCAAUAUUGCGCACCCAAGUUCAUCGCACUCUACUCCAUCUGUCUUGUUGGCAUCCCGUUCCACCCCAGAUCCCUCAUCCAGUCGAGCCUGGAGUACGGCGUAUAGCGACGGUCGAGCUUCGAGCGCAAGUGGACAAGGGGGUGCUGGUGUGCUCUCAUAUCAAUUCGGACACAACCGAUCCGUUGGUAUUCCGGCUCAUAGUAUCCGACGGUCUGAGCACGACGAGAAUCAACAGUUUCAGCGCUUUGAUCAUACAGACCCCCAAUUUCACUGGGUCUCAAAUCGUCAGCAACCACCACGUCCGUUGAGCAGUAUACAAUAUCCCGGAGUAUCUCACUUGAGUGUGCCGCAGCAAGGAAUGGCAGCUCAGGUCAUGUCAGCGCCGCCGGCACAUUUCCUUUCCAAUCAAGUGACAUAUGGUAGCGACAUGACGGACUCCUUCCACAAUUUCGAGGCGUUGGCCUCAGGACAUGGCUCCUAUCAUCCAGAGCACCCGCGCCAGUCACUUCUCAUGGUGUCACCAUCAGUCGCGAGCUCCGAGAUAUCGUUUCGACGGCGAUCUUCCCACUCCCCACAGUCAGGCUUGGUGGCGCCCACAGUUCGUGAUCGUACUCCUAUUCGGCACAGCAGGCCCAGUGCCACCCGAGGUCGUAGCCACAGCCGAAGCGAAAUGUUACUGGCUUAUGCUGCAGAACAAAACUCACUGCAUCCGUCGCAAUCCCUCCCAUCUAUGACCAACAUGUCCUCGCAAAGUGGGCCAGACAUGUCACAUUUGUACGGAAUGGCUGCUUACCAGCUGUCACCCGGCUUGACGAGUUACCCGCAGCAAAGAGGAUAUUUUGGCACUCAUGUUCAAACGAAUGUCGGACAUCAAGGAACCACGGAUUUCGCAAUGCCUCAGGGAGAAGGCGAUAUUCAAAACUUCUACCCGGUGGGACGGACACCCUCGCACGGUUCGACGAUGAGUUUGGCCCCUUCCGAGUCACCAAACGCUCUUUACAUGACGCCCUCACACGGACAGCAUCCGUUACCGUCGAUCGGCAUGGCGAUGCAAUCAUUCCCGCCUGUACCGUCGACAUUAGAGUCGUCACCGGCGGAGAUUGAGAUAAUGCCAUCAAGACCAAAGCCUCAGUGCUGGGACCACGGGUGCAAUGGACGGCAGUUUUCGACGUUCAGCAAUCUUCUUAGGCAUCAAAGAGAGAAGUCAGGCAGCGCCACGAAAGCCGUUUGCCCUCAUUGUGGCACCGAGUUCACAAGGACGACGGCCAGAAAUGGACACAUGUCUGGCGGCAAAUGCAAAGGAAGGCCUAGCCCUGAAAGCUCCAGCCAAGCGCAGGAGGGAUAGAAUCUCGAAAACGACAUUUGGUACGAUUGAUCGACGAAGAUACGAUUACGAGGCUAGGCAACGCGCGUCAUGAGGUUCGUCGGCCAUUAGAUGAUGGUGUUGUUGCAGGAAAAGCAUCUUCUGGAUUUGCACUGGAUGUCAGCGAUGGCGACAAAAUGGCGUUACUAAGGUAUGAAAGUUCUAACCCAACUACUACAUCAUUCCCACCCACGGCAGCAGGGUGUGUCGAUUGACCAUGCCAUUGCACCAAGGAGGCUCCUAGUGUGGAAUAUCCCACAACAGGACCCAGUGCCUCCGACCAAAUAUUUGCUCUGGAUAGGUGCAGUAAUACAUUGUGUAGAAAGAGGCGGAUCUCUGCUAGGCUUUGGACGUGAUAUAACACGUUUGCAACAAAGCAUGAAUGGGUGGGAGCGUUUGGCGAUCUGAAGCUUGGAUUUAGCAGUAUCAAUUUUCGGCACAAUCGAGGAAUACUAUGUAAGGCUACAGCUCCCACGAAGGAGACGUGCUCACCGUACCAAUGCCCGACAGCCCGGCGGCGAGGCUCGUACACCAGACAGGGGUCAGGCAAUG